AUGAAUGAUAAACGAAGUCACCACAGAGCAUCUAUAUUAACAAAUGGAAAAAUCUUAAUUACUGGUGGAUAUGAUUCUAUUAUUAGUUCUGCUAUAAAGAAUACUGAGUUAUAUGAUCUAUCAACAGAAACUUGGGCAAUGACUAGAAAUAUGAAUUAUGUACGAUAUCUACACACGGCAUCCGUAUUAAAAAACGAAAAAGUACUAGUCGCUGGUGGAUAUAAUAAAAGUACUAGUCUAAAUAGUGCUGAAUUGUAUGAUCCAUCAACAGGAACUUGGAAAAUAACUGAUAAUUUGAAUAAUGGAAGAUAUUACCAUACAGCAUCUAUAUUAAAAAAUGAAAGAGUGUUAGUUACUGGUGGAUAUAAUCUUGGUUUUGCUAUAAAUAGUAUUGAGUUGUAUGAUCCAUUAACAGGAAUAUGGGCAAUGACUGAUAGUUUGAAUAAUGCUCGAGGAAGCCAUUCGGCAUCCGUAUUAACAAAUGGUGAGGUGUUUGUUCCUGGUGGAUUGUAUAAUUUUGCUUUAAAUACUGCAAAAUUAUAUGAACUCUCUCAAGCAAAUGAAUAG